AUGGCCGACUCAACGCGAUCAACGGACAGUAGACCACCUCCACCCCCACCUCCCCCAGAGAAUCCUCGCUCAAAAAUAUCAUCCACAGUCCUAAAGAUGCGAAGGACAUCUCCCAGCCACUUCUUUCAAUCCCAAGUUCCCCGACCUCAAUCCCAAGGUCCUCCUCCAACAGGACCAUACUUCUUCUACGGCUCACUCCAAGAUAAAAGUCUACUCAUAGAUCUGUUAGACCUCAAACAGGCAUCCCACCUGCGACCUGCGUACAUUGAGGGCUACAAGUGCAAACUUUGGGGCCCCUAUCCGGCCUUACUAUCUGGUGAUCCCGGGGAUACCGUCAGAGGGGCUGUGUACGAGGUACCGACAAUUGAGGACGCAGAGAAAUUGGCGGCUUAUGAGGGCCCUAACUACACAACUAUUGCUUGCUCAAUUCGGUAUGCGGAUGGCCAAUCUCCCACACAGGCAGAAGGGUACGCGUUUCUCUUCGUGGGGAAUAUGCGUGAUCUGAGUGAGGGAUCUUUUGAUUUGAAGAUUUGGUCGGAGAGGAGGGCAUUGCGAAGAAAGAAAUGA